AUGUCUUUGUGCAAAUGGUUUGGGUAUCCAGAUUUUUUCAUCACUAUUACAUGUAAUCCAAAAUGGCCGGAAGUGCAAAGGUUUUUAAAAGAUACGACGAUAAGGCCUGAAGAUAGACCGAACAUUUUGUGUCGAAUUUUCAAGAUAAAACUAGAUUCCAUAACAAAAGACUUGAAAGAAGGCAAGAUGCUGGGUAGAGUUAAUUCUGUUGUCUAUACUGUUGAAUUUCAAAAACGCGGACUUCCUCAUGCACACAUAUGUGUAUUCAUGCAUUCUGACAGUAAGAUAGUAUCGGUUGACCAACUAGAUCCAAUCAUUUCUGCCGAAAUUCCAGACAUAGCCGAGGAUCCAGAGUUAUAUAAACUUGUGGCAGACUACAUGAUUCAUGGUCCGUGUGGUCCUCUCAAUAUGAAUUGUCCUUGCAUGAUCGAUCGUAAGUGUUCGAAGAAGUUUCCUAAAAAAUUUGUUAACGAAACAUGUUUGGAUAAAAAAGGAUUUCCAGUUUAUCGUAGAAGGGAUUCUGACUUAUCUGUUGUUAAAUCACGUGUGAACGCGCAUAUUAACGUUGAAUGGUGCAAUCAAGUUGGUUCUAUAAAAUAUUUGUUCAAGUACAUUAACAAAGGCCUAGAUAGAACUACUCUUAGAGUUGUUGAAAGUGGAAAUCAGGAUGAGCAGGAACCUGUAGUCGAUGAGAUAGAAAAGUAUUACGAUUGCCGGUAUAUUUCUGCAUGCGAAUCUGCUUGGAGGAUCUUUUCCUAUGAUAUUCAUUAUCGAUAUCCCGCAGUUAUUCGAUUGACGUUUCAUUUACCUGGUCAGCAAAACGUAGUAUAUGGCACAGACGAUGACAUUGACGAGGUUCUUAACAAACCAUCUGUUGCUUCUACUAUGUUCUUAUCUUGGAUGAAGUGUAAAGAAAGAUUACCUGAGGCACGUAAGCUUACUUAUGUUGAGUUUCCAUCAAAGUUUGUUUUUAAAUUAAGUACUCGCAGUUGGGAUAUAAGGAAACGACAUCCUUCAAUCGGUAGGAUUCAUUCGGUGUUUCCUUCAGUUGGUGAAGCAUACUACCUCAGAAUAUUAUUGAACAAAGUAAAGGGACCAAAAUCUUUUGAAGAUAUUCGUACUGUAAAUGGUACUUUGUAUCCAACUUUCAGGGACGCAUGCUAUGCGCUAGGGCUUUUGGAUGAUGACAACGAGUACAUUGAAGCUAUUAAAGAAGCUAAUGUGUAUGGAAGCGCUACUUAUCUACGGACGUUAUUUGGAACAAUGCUGAUGUCUGGUAGUUUGUCUAGACCUGAUUUUGUAUGGGAGAAGACAUGGAUGUAUUUAUCGGAUGACAUUUUAUAUAGACAAGAAAAACAUUUAAAUGUUGAUGAUUUAAAUUACUCUGACGAAGAAAUAAAGAAUUUGGCAUUGUUAGAGAUUAAGAAGUUCUUACUUCGUAAUAACUCAUCGCUGAGGAACUAUUCAAAUAUGCCUUACCCUGAUGAUGAGUCUAUUUCUUCGUCUAACAAUCGAUUGAUCAACGAGGAGUUAUCUUAUUACCAAAAUACCAUGGAAGAUGAGUUGAAAAUAUGUUAG